AAAUGUUUGCUUCAUAACAGCUUUCAACUGCUACGCUUGAAACUCUCUCGUCCAUUCAAAUUCCCUGACCACAUAUAUUAACCCCUAGUAUACGUACUCAACCAUACGUACCCUAGCCUAGAGAUCACCUACUUCGUGUACGUACCUAGCCUGACUCUACCGUCAUACUAUAAUUCCUUCAAUUCUCUCUGAGGUCCAUAAUCUAACCUAACUCUAUGGAGAGAAAGAAGAGCGAUGACUUUGAUCAGGAUGGAAAUCAAGCACAGAACAAGAUUUUGGUGGAAGCGGCAUUCAGGAACACCCCGGUGCCGCCGUGGACGAAGCAAAUUACUGUGAGGGCAAUGGCCACGAGCUUUAUUCUGAGCAUUGUCUUCAACUUCAUUGUUUGCAAGCUUAACCUCACCACUGGUGUCAUACCUUCGCUCAACGUCGCCGCCGGGUUGUUGGGUUUUGCGGUGUUGAGAGCCUACACCACCGCUCUCACCAAGGUUGGCCUCUUGAAGCAGCCUUUCACUCGCCAAGAAAAUUGUGUUAUCCAAACAUGUGUGGUCGCCUCAUCCGGGAUUGCAUUCAGCAGUGGAACCGCAAGUUAUAUACUGGGUAUGAGUGGAACGAUAGCUGCUCAAGGAGAUGAAGGCAACACCCCAAUCAACGUGAAGAACCCUCACAUUGGAUGGAUGGUUGGAUUUCUCUUUACUGUCAGCUUCCUCGGCUUGUUUUCCAUUAUGCCCAUGAGAAAGAUAAUGAUCAUGGACUACAAGUUAACCUACCCAAGUGGAACUGCAACUGCAUACCUCAUUAACAGUUUUCACACCCCCAAAGGAGCCAAGUUAGCAAAGAAACAAGUUGGCGUCCUGUUCAAAAGCUUCUGCUUUAGCUUUGUGUGGGCCUUUUUCCAAUGGUUCUAUACAGCCGCUGAUGGCUGCGGAUUUGCUAGCUUCCCAACAUUUGGUCUCCAAGCUUAUGCGCAGAAGUUUUACUUUGACUUCUCAUCGACAUACAUUGGUGUGGGAAUGAUUUGCCCUUACAUGGUGAACAUCUCUUUGCUUGUCGGAUCAAUUCUUUCAUGGGGAAUCAUGUGGCCUUUGAUUGAGAAACAUAAAGGUAGCUGGUACAGUGCUGAUCUCUCACCGAGCAGUCUCCACGGUAUCCAAGGAUACAGGGUUUUCAUUGCUAUAGCCAUGAUGCUCGGGGAUGGUUUAUACCAUGUAGCUUACAUGCUCUUUGUGACCUUCCAAAAUUUAUGCUGUACACCUAAAACAAAAGAAGAAAUGAAAUUAGAGUCAUCAUCCCCACCGUCCAUAAACCCUGCAAGUACUGAAGCUGGAGUAGAAGUUUUGAGUGAAAACUAUGACGAGGAGCGAAGAGUUGAGUAUUUCUUGAAAGACGCAAUUUCUCACUGGGUUGCUUUUGGUGGAUAUGUUGCUCUUGCCAUUAUAUCCAUCAUUACCGUACCAAGCAUUUUCCGCCAAUUAAAAUGGUAUCAUAUCUUUAUUGCUUAUUUGGUUGCUCCAGUUUUGGCAUUCUGUAAUUCCUAUGGUGCUGGUCUCACCGAUUGGUCCCUCGCCUCCAACUAUGGAAAAUUCGCCAUCAUAAUCUUCAGUGCUUGGGUUGGCCCUGAAGGUGGUGUUGUUGCUGGGCUUGCUGCUUGUGGUGUCAUGAUGAGCAUUGUCGCUACUGCUUCUGAUCUUAUGCAGGACUUCAAGACUGGAUACCUUACGCUUUCCUCUCCUCGCUCUAUGUUCUUCAGCCAAGUUCUUGGCACGGCCAUGGGUUGUCUCAUGUCCCCUUUGGUAUUCUGGAUUUUCUACAAAGCUUAUCCACUAGGCGAUCCAAAUGGUUCGUAUCCUGCACCGUUUGCACUAAUGUACCGUGGAAUGGCUCUUUUAGGAGUUGAAGGCGUUGGUUCACUUCCCAAAAAUUGUCUGAAACUUGCAGUCUCAUUUUUUGUAGCUGCUGUUGUCAUAAAUUUGAUUACUGAGCUUCUAAAGCGUUAUGAGACCAAGUACAGGUUGUACAGAUUUAUUCCUAGCCCAAUGUGCAUGGCCAUCCCAUUUUAUCUUGGUUCAUACUUUGCCAUUGACAUGUGUUUGGGGAGCUUGAUUCUCUUCUUGUGGCAAAGGAUGAACAAACAAAAGGCCGAUGACUUUGCACCAGCAGUCGCAUCUGGACUCAUUUGCGGUGAAUCUUUGUGGGGUAUUCCAGCUGCUAUCCUUUCACUGGCAAAUGUGAAACCUCCGAUCUGUAUGAAGUUCCUCUCUGCUUCUGCCAAUGAAAAAGUCGAAAAACUUUUAUCUGGUCAUUAGAGUAUAUCAUUAUAGAUUUAGUUGCUGUAUCAAUUUCAGGUGAUUGUGUUUAUAGUGCAGGUAGCUAGACUAUUAAUUUCUAAGUUAUUGCCAGAAUAAUUGGAUUUCAUUUAGAUUUUGUCAAAAGUAUGGUUGUCAUUUGAAUUUUUUUACCGUCAGCAAGUCGUGGUAUGUGUUACCUAGUAACUAUUUUCAAUGG